CCGGUCAGUAUCGUACGCGCAGCCUUAUCCGACGGACGAUGAGCCACGAGCAGCAGCAGCAGCAGCAAUCCACUUUCGCUUUCGUUUGCGUCGGAUGCAUCUGAAGAAGAGCCCCCAAAACAAUCGCAUCAGUCAUCCUUCCCAACAGUGUUACGGCACGGAAGUAGGCAUAAUCAGUGAGCAAACAUACUGGUUUGGACUAGAGUGAAGUAAAGAAAGGCUAUUUUGCUAUUGUUUUGAGUGUACCGAGGGAACAACACAAUUUUCCCUUCAAGUGUUUAUUUAUUUAGUUAAUUGAAGUGAAUGCUGGCAAAGGUUGUUGGUUUUGUUUCGAACUCAUUCGAACUAAAUCUGUUAGUGUUGUGCUACUUUAGUUAAUGCUGUGCAUUGGUGUGUUUUAUAUUUAUGCUCCAGCUGCUUGUAAAUUUAAGUGACCAGGCAAAAGUUUUACUCUUUCAGUGGACAAGUGUUUCGUGAAUUUCCGCGGUGGCUUAGUCGCAAGCAAGCUUCUACGGCUGUAUAUUUGAACUUCAGUGAUUUUAAUUAUUUUGUGUAAGAAAUAAUAAUUUUGUCUAUAAAAUCGCUGCACUUAUUGUUAAGAUUUCACAACGCUACGAAGAGCGUAAGAUUUACUGCCCGCGCAGCCGUCGACGACGACGACAACGACGAUCAAUCGAUAAACGAUCAACAAUCAACGGCAGUCACCCAACGGCUGGCGCCCGUUGACAGGAGGCGGUUUCGGUGCAAACGUGACUAAUUGAUCGGGCAACACCCGGGCCCAACCGGACGGCUUUGGCUUUGCGAUCGUUUGACGACCGUACGCGCGGAGCGAUAUAGCCCGCCCGGCCAGCACCAUGGAGGCACGGUUCGCCGAUCUGUCGACGAUUACCGAUGAGGAUCUGUUGCGAAAAAUGUGGCAACAGGCGGAGGACUUUUCGCGCAAGAAAGAAAUCCGGGCGUAUAUGUACAAGUUGCGCGAGCAGCGGUUGAAGGAUUUUUACGCCAGCAACGACAGCAGUCCGCCCUACUUCCUGAUGGAUAAUGCGAGCGCAACGUUCGGCCUGAAGAAGAGCACAGUGACGGGCAGCCAUGGCGACUCGCUCGUCGACCAGAGCUUCGAGAGCUUCAAGACGAAGGAGAUCCGCGACUCGGAAAGCCCAACCAGAUUCGGCAGCAUGGCCCUGCCGGCAGACAACAGCGGCUGGCAGAUCCGCACGUCGGAGGAGAUGAGCGAGGACGGCAAGACGCACACGGUGCGGACGGCCGCCACCACCCAGGGCACGAAGGAGAUCGACGGCGGCCGGACCGCGUUCGCGGGCCAAAACCUCGAGUCGCACAGCGAGCACUUUGACGGCGACGGCAGCAACUUUGUGCACAGCAAGGGCGACCAGUCCAGCACCGUGCUGGUGGAGGACAGUGUGGUCGAGGGCGAGCACGGGCAGCGCACCGUGUCCGGGUCGACCCGCUCGACCACCACCUCGGUCAGCUCGACGCGCUCGGUCGUCUACCAGCAGCAGAACGGUGGCGACACGGCGAGCCGGCCGGCCACCGACGGGAUGGACCGUGGCACGGACCGUCCGCUCGAGUUCAGCGCGGAUCAUUUCAGCAACGCGACCGCCACCGCGGCCAGCAGCACAGAGUCGCGCACGGCCAGCGAGCAGCAGCGCGACGAGCGGGCCGCCCCGAAGGAGCUGUCCAAGGAUCCCGAGCGCGUGCGGGAAGCGUUCCGGCUGGCGCAGGGCUCCGGCCGGAUAGUGGAGCGCGAGGAAACGAUGGUAAACACGACCACCAAGAUGAUCACCGAGACGAAGCAGCUAGACGACGGGACGACCGUGACGACGCGCACGUACGAAAAGAUCGCCCCGCCGGCCGACGGGGUCGGCGCGAGCGAGUGCAGCGAGCGGGACCGCUUCACGUCCACCGCCAAGGUGGCGGUGCUGCAGCAGGAAGGCGUGGGCCGAGCCGUGGGCCGUCCAACCGCCGCUGCGGCGAGCUCGAGCGAGCUCAUACGGCAGGAGAAGGCCAACCAGUCGUCGUCGGUGACAAAGACCAGCACGCAGCAGCGAAUCAUCGUGGAGGUGGAUGCGGCGCACGACUCGUUCGCCCGCUCGCUGCGGUCCGUGUCGCCGACGGGCAGCGUGCGCUCGAUGCGCUCCAAUGCGACGCUGACCGGGCGCUCGAGCACCAGCCCGGAAAAGGUUCAGCCGGCCCGACCCGAGCCCGACACCAAACCGGACUACAUGCGCUCAACCUUCACCUCGGAGCGUAAGGUGUCCGGCUUUCAGGAGGAGCAGCAGCAGCAGCAGCAACGUUCACCGAGCCCACGCAAGAUGUCGGGCAGUGUGCCGGCCAGCUCGCGCGCCACCUCACCUACGAAAGGUGCCAGCGUGACGGCAAGCCGUGGACAGGAGCAGCCGGCCUGCGACCACCAGGAGGUGGAUGGAGCGAAGGCGCGUGGCGCAGCGAAACCGCCGCUGGUGCGCAGCGAGACGUACGAGGAGCGGUGCCGCAAGAUACUGGGCAUGCCGAACCGCCCGGCCGAGGAGGACGGCCGCACCGAGGCGAAGAGCAUUUUCAGCACCUACGACAACACGGUGACGGUGCAGCAGUCCCGCUCGGAGCUGCGCGAGCAGCGCAAAAAGAUCGAGCAGGAGAUCAAAUCGAUGGAGAGCAAAACGAUGGGCGUGCUGGCGGACGAGCGGGACAGUUUGGUGGCGGAGGUGUCCGCUGGCAGCCGCAGGACGUCGAACGCGAAGGAACCGUCCCCCGUGCGCAAAAUGUCCGCCCAGCAUGGCUCUCCGACGCGCAAAUCGUCCGGCACGGCGAAGGAACCGAGCCCCAGCGAGCCAAUCAAGGAACGGUCGUCGCCGAGUCGCAAGGCUCCGUCCCGGGACAUUUCGCCCAUCGCGAAGGAGACCCCGGCGCCCGCGCAGCAGCCGUCGAAAGAGUUGUCUCCGGCGAGAAAAUCACCAGCCAAGGAUGGUUCCCCAGCACGGUCGCCUGCCACGCCCAAGGACGGCUCACCGGUACGCGGCACGCCCACGUCGGAGCAGCCGGCCGGGCGCAAGGAAGUGUCGCCCGCGCGCAAGGAACACUCCACCGAAACGGCGCGCAGCAAGGCCACCAUACUGGUGGAGCAAAAGCAGGAGGGGCGCAACAUCUCCGUCGCCGAGAUCACCAUCCUGCCCGUGCUGGAGGUGUCGCACGAGGCCGUGCGCACCAAGACAACCGCGUCGCGCACCCACGAGAAGGUGCUCACCAAGCAGUCGUCCGACACGAAGUUCGAUCGGCGCGCGACCUCGGUCGCCAACAGCCGCGUCAUCACCAACAAAAGCUCGUCCGACUUUGACAUCAAGCGGCGCGCGGCCGACCUGGCCGCACCGGACAAGCGGCGGGCGCAGCCGGCCACGACCGCCAGCCCGGACAAGCGGCGGGCGGCGCAGCCGGCCCAGCAGAAGCCGAACCACAUCACGGUGGCCAAGAUCAAGAUCGAGUCGCCGCGCAAACCGACCGCCGGCAAACCGCACCCUGCGGAGGAACCGAAGCCGACCGGCCGGCAGCCGCACCGCCCGCAGGCCGCCGAGCCGGAGACGGACCCCGAAUCGAGCAAGGACACCGGCCUCUCGGACAACAGCGAGGUGGAGGAGACGGUGGAGAGCGUGAUCGAGAUGAGCGUCACCGGGACGGCGUGCUGCCGCCACACGGAUCGCAAGGACUCGGCCCCGGUGUACCGCACGACGGGGGCCGCCCGGUCGGGCAAGAGCUACACCCGCUCGUCCAGCGACAACCAUCUGCGGGCGACGAGCGCGUCCACGCACCGGCACCAGCCAGCGGUGGCACGCGACGCCACCAACGUGACCACAGCCAGCGCGACGCUCAAAUCGGCCACCGGCGGGCGGAAGGUGGAGCGCCCGGUCAAGCACGUCGCCACCAAGACGAUCAAUCUCGCGACGAAACCGACCGCCGGCUCGGACAGCCUCGACAACGUGGUGAUCGACAUCCAGCUGGCGAAAUCGUCCCGCGAGCCGACGCCCAACAAGCUCGUGCCGAUACCGGUGUCGCCCGACACGGAGGACGCGGGCAAGCCGCGCUACCCGGACGCGGUCCAGGAGCCGGACGACGAGGCGGCCGGCGGGCGGCCGGCCCGCAACCAGCGCGUCAGCACGAUCCCCAUCUUCGAGGAGGCGACCAGCGAGUACGUGGGCUGCGAGAUCACCGAGGUGGACGAGCAGCAGGAAGCGGGCGCGGCCCAGCAGGCCACCCGCAUCACCAACCUGGACCGCGUCACCGAGGACGACGAGUCGCUGCUGAGCGUGACGGAGAAGGUGAACAAGUUUGCGCAGGAGGCGCGCCGCCUGCAGGCCGACACGAACGGGGACGGUCAGCGUCCACCGUCGAUGGGGCGAUUUGCCGCGCGCCCCGAGUACGACGACCUCGACGACCAUCUCAAGUCGGACGAGUGUCUGCUGAGCGUGUCGGACAAGGUGACGAAGUUCAUCUCGACCGCCGAGGAGGUGAAGAAGAUACGCACGUCCGGCCCGUUCGUGCCGGGCACGGACGAUGGCCCGGUGAAGGUGGCCGACGGCGACGAGUGUCUGCUGAGCGUGAACGAGAAGGUCAGCCGGUUCGCGAGCUGCAUGACGCAGGCGGUGGACGCACGCGACGAUGCGGAGGAAGAUGAUUCCGACCAGCAGGAGCGAACCGCCGCCGCCGGCGGGUUGGGCGAAUCCGUGCCGGGCAAGUUUGUGCCGCAAAGGUCGCCGGAGCUGGUGAAGAACGCGAUGCGCACCACGGCCCGGCACCUCGUGGAGGAGCAGGCGCCCGGCGACGAGCUGGCCCAGUCGGUGGGCAGCAUUGCCAGCCGGUACCGCACCGCGACCAUGGCCAAGCCGUACGAGAAGGCGCCGGCUGGCGGGGCACCGGCCGCCAGCCCGAUCACGCUGCGCAGCACCGAGGCCGUCAAGAAGGCGAAGGAGCUGUUCGAGAAGGGCCAGACGGACGGCGGACGGCAGCGCGACAUCCUCAACAGGCCCUCGGUGUGGGAGGAGCGGCGUGCCAGGGCGCAGCCGGCGGCCGAGCCGAAGCGGGCCGACGUCAAGCUGACGGAUAUCGGUGUGACGGAGCGAAAGGUGCGCGAGGAGCACGCGGUCCGGGAGGAAUCGGCCCCGCGCAAGCCGUCCAUCACGAAGGUGGAGCAGCCGCGGCCGGCCGAACCGGCGGAGGCAGGCAAACCGACAGGCUCGGCCGGUGGCCGACGGGACAGCAGUGGCAGUGGCGUCCGUCCGCCCGCCUACAUCCGCGAUGUCGUGUCCACCAAGAAGGAUCUGUUCGAAAAGCGCAUCUCCUCGUCCAAGAUGCAGGUGGAGUACACCAGCCAGACGUCGCAGGAGGCGGCCGAAACGCAGGCCACCGCGACGCUCCGCAAGCAGUCGCUGAAGCAGGCAGGGGAAGCGGUGCCGGUUCCAUCAACGCCGGCGAACCGGCCGUCUGCAGAUCAGUCGAAACCGUCCUACAUGAACCACACCGUCGCGUCGCUCGAGCACAUCAACGCGAACCAGCGACGCGACUCGCUCGAUCACGGCCCGGCCGCACAUCACGAAACGACGACGACCUCGACGAUGAUGUCGACGGCGACGACGACGACGGCGUCGGCUCGCAGUACGACCACGACCGGCAGCGCCAAGUUCGGCGUGGAGCUGAAACGCCUCGACACAAACGGUCGCAUGGUGGCGUCGAAUGCUGCCGCGGUCAGCACCGCAGGCUCGAAGCGCAAGCCAAGCACGGGCGAGGCACAGCCGACCACCGGGUCGUCGCCCGCCAUUGAGGAGAUGUUCGAUCUGGAGCUGCUCGAGCGUAUGCUGGAGUCGGUGACGGGCUACGAGCAGCGGCGUCGCAUACGCGCCCAGAUUCGCGUGGUCAAGAAGCAGAAAGAGCAGCAGCAGCAGCCAACGUCUGCCGGCAGCCAGACGCAGACCAAACAGACGAUCGUAACGUCCGCCAAGAGUGUCAACACGACGCGCGACACUGCGGCUGGCAAGCGAAAGGACUCGAGCCCGACGCGUGCCUCGGUGGUGCUGGGUGGCCGCAAACAGUCGGAACCGGCCGAUGCUACCGAUGCGGUGGCACCCAAGCGGCAGGCUAGCAUCGAAGCGGAAGGUGGCCGAAAAUCCACAACAAACCUAGCAGCGAAGACGACGACAACGGUGACAACGGAACGGUUUGCCAGCAAGGCUGGUACGGCCGAUCGUGCACCACCCACUACGAAGGCUGACGACAGGCCGAUCUGGGCGACGAGCAACAUCCUGAAGAAGGCGUCGGAGAACACGCGCACCUUCAAGAGCGUGACGACGUCAGCGAGCGCCACCGGCGGCCGCAAGGUCGUCAGCACCUCGUCCAGCUACCACCAGCAGCAGCAGCAGACGAAAACGGCGUCCCAGGACCCCAAGACGACGACCGACUGCAUCACCUCCAGCUACGGCGUCGGGCCGACGGACGAAAACGGGCUGCCCCUGUUCGGCAUACGGGCGCUGAAGAAGAAGGCGGCACCGGCGCCGGCUGACGAUACGGCCACCACCACGAAGAUCAGUGGCACCGUCAUCACCGAGACGCUGGUCGCCGAGAACGGGGGCCCGGCGAUGGGCAAGCGCAGCACCACGCACUACACGAGCGAGCCGGGCACGUUCGGCGACGCUGAUGGCGUCGGCAAGCUGACGGCCGUGCGCAAAACCGAAACGAUCGAUGCGGCCGGCACGCACGCGGAAGAGUUCGAGAUGCUGGACGGGCUGGAGCUGGCGGGCCGCCGGGAAGCGAAGGUGGUGCGCAAAGGCUCGGUAAAGGAGCUGACCGAGCGCUUCAUACACCGCGAGUCGUCCGGCUCGCUGACGCAGGACGCGACCCGCACCUACCCGAAGGCGGGCCUGAUCCUGCGCUCCUCCGCCCAGCAGAGCCAGUCGAGCCGGGCCUCGACCCCGGCCACCGACGGGUGCUCCGUCCGGUCCGGCUCGGUCGACGGGUACGACCAGGAGGAGGAGGAGGCCCAUAGCAUGACGACGACGACGACGCGCCAGGUACGCUCCUUCCUGAACGACACGUCCAAGGUGGUCGACGUGCGCGACGUGCUGCAGCGGAUGAGCAACGCGGACAAUGUGACGGAGCAGGGUGAUACGGCCGAGGAUCAGGAGGCAAGGGCACUGCUGAACAAGUUUCUCGGCGCCUCAGUGCUGAUGAGCGGCGUCGAGUCGAUGGUUUCCUCGCCCGGCACUAUGCUGGGCGAAGCGUCUGCCCCGUCCGCCAGUGGUGGCACCAAAAAGGUGUCCAAGGUAUCUUCGACCACAACCACCACAAAAACGGUCAAAUCGUCGGGCGUCACUCCCAGUGCUGCCGGCUCAAAACAAGCUACCGUUGACACUCUCGAGGAUAACUGGGACGAAGCUGUGCUGAAGCAGCUGCUGGAAUCAACCACAAACUACGACGAUCGACGCAAAAUCCGUGCCCGCAUCCGUCAAGUCAUGGCUGAAAAAGAAGCGUGCGCCGAUAUCGUCGCCAUCGUGACAGCCGAUCUGCAGCGCGAGCGCCAUCUGCAGCAGCAACAACCGUCGGGGACGAUGGGGGCCGCUAGCGCUAGCAGUGGGGGCGCGGCCGACCGCCAAACCGCAGCGACGGCAGCUGCUGCCAACGGUCUUUCACAGGGUGAGUCACUGCUGCUGCCCUUGCUGCAGGGGCUGCUGCUGAACAAUGCGGCCGCCUUCGGCUACAAGGGUACUGCCGCAGUAGUAGGCGCUAGUGGUGUUAGUGGUGGUAGCGAGGGUGCUGGUGGUAGCAGUAGUAGUAGUAGUAGCAAUGGUUACGGUAGUGCUAGUGUGAAGGUGCCACCGGUCGAGGAUUCGGGCACGGAGUCAGGCGAAGACUUGCGGCUGCUGGCAGCGGCCGGGCUGCACGACAUCGGUACCGCGCAGGCGGCCCCGGCGGCCACCACCAACGGGGUGGACAGCGGGCUGCCCACAAUACUGGGCGAGGUGGCAGCGGCAUUGCAGCGGCUGCAGCAGAGCCUGCAGGCCGACCCGGCCGGCCCGGCGCCGAAGGUGCUGCAGAUCGAUGCGGAACAGCGGCGCGCCCUGCUGGCCCUGAUCGCCCGGCUGCAGCAGGACCUGCAGCAGCCGGACAAGAUUGCCGACCUGCGGCUCGCCGGUGCGCUCGACGGCCGGUGGGAGGCAGCGCGAGCGGCGCCGCACGAUGGCACCGCGCACGACGCCGGCACUGCCGGGUUGGACGCGGGCCAAGCCGCCCGGGCCCGGGCCGGCAGUUCAAGGUUCAGCGCGAAGCGGCGGACGAACCGCAACAGCCGGCACACGGUGGGCGUUAGUCGUGAGGAGCUUGCCGACGCGAGAAGAUUCAUCGAGGAGAUGGUGAGGAUGGACAGCCGCCACCAAGCGGACCAGUGCGUGACGUCACCGGACAAGGCGUACAGCCUGCAGAAGCAGCAGUCGCUCGGUGCGGUGCUGGGCCGGCCGGUACCAGACGUGCCGUCGGCAGUGGAUGGGGCAGCUGCUGCGGCACCGGUCCAGGCCACCGCCACGCCAGCGACCGCCUUCGCCAUGAAGCGGCCCAGCCAGUUCGUGCCGAAAGAGAUGCAGAACGGGCAGACGGCGCUCGACAAGCUGGUGCUGCCACAGGGACGCACCAAGCCGGCCAAAGAGAAGCUGCUGCUCCGCCAAUCGGUAAGCGUUGAUCAGGAUCUGCCGCCCGCGGGCGGACACGGGACGGCGAGUGAUCGGCCCGAUGCGCCGAGCAGCAAACCGAUCGAUCUGCACAAGCACAAGCCGGCCGAAAGGCUUCCAAAGCAGCAGCAGCAGCAGCAGCAGCAACAGGUGGAACUACCGUUCAAAAAACCCACGCAAACCGUCGCCCAGCGGGCGCUGGUAAAGAAGUACUCCUUCAACGACGGCUCCAGCUCGGACGAGGAUGUGGCGCGCCGGGGGGCCGCCCGCAAACCGCAGGACGAAGCGGGCAAGACGGCGGAACAGAUGGUGCUGCGCAACAAAAUCACGCCGGCCGAGCCGACGAGUGGGCCGGGCUCGAUCGUGGUCAACACGGUGCAGAAAAUAGUGAGCCGCGAGACGAAACCGGCCACCGGCAGUCCAGCGGUGGCGCGCCGCCACCCCCUCCAGCACGGGUGCCGCACGCCCGACGCGCCCAAGGACGAUGCGAGCGGGCGCCCGCUGAACAAGUACGCCAGCAAGAAGCUGCGCAUGAAGCGGGCGAACACGAUCGAUCUGCCGAAGGUGCUGCCCUCGGCCCAGCUCGACGACGGCGAGGAUGGUCGGGCCGACCCGGCGCGGGAACCGGCACGGUCGCAGCAAGCUCACCAGCGGGCGGCGGGCAAGCUGGGACCGGCGACAGUGCCGCCCGUCGACGUGCCCGACUUUAAGCCGCGCACCGAGAACGAUCUCAAGUUUAUGGCGUUUCUGCAGAAGCAAAACCAACAGUCGCGCCAGGUCUGGAGCAAGCCGCUGCGCGAAAGCCACGGCUCGAACAACUGGACGCACAAGUUCGACCACCUGAAGAGCAACUUUGAGCAGGCGGAGCGGCGCGAUCGGGGCGAGCUGCCGCCGAAGUACGGUGCCGCGCCGAAAACGUCCGCGAUGAGCUUCUGGAAGCAGGCGGAAAGCAGCUCGUUCGACGAGACGCCGAGGGCCGGUGGGCGGCAGGCCAAAUCCGUCACGCCGAACCAAACGACGGGCGCGAGGCCCGGUGGUCCGCCCGGUACGGCAAGGGUGGCAAGUGUGCCCACGCAGCUGGGUGGCAAGUACGCAGGGCCUCCGGUGGCUGGGCAGGCGGGCAGUGCGGGUCCAUCGCCCAGCAGCAACACCAUCGUGGAAGGGAAGCUGGUGCUGCCGAAGGCGGUCGCUGCCAGUGCCGGCACCACGGUCAAUCAGUUCUCGCAUGCGCCCGCCUCCGCGUUCAAGCCGAUCCCGCGCAAGCUGCCGCCGGCGAACCUCGAGUUCAAGCCGAUCCAGGCCGAGCCGGACAUUGUGAAGCCGAUACCGGCGCGCAUCUCCGCCACCGCCACCGGGCUGGUGAAGCAAAUCGUGGCGACCGGGUUCAAGGAGACGCCCGAGGUGAAGCCGGAGCCGAUGCACGUGCAGCUAGGGCUGGUGCGGUCGCUUGCCGCCCAGGGCUACCAGGAGACGCCGUACGUGCCGCUGCCGAAGCUCGAGCGCACGCCCACGCACCACGUGCUCAACUACAAGCCGCGCCCGGACGGUGCGGCGAGCACGGGCGAGCCAGCCCCGCCAGCACCCUGGGUCGGCAAGCGGUCCAGCGAGCUGGCCGGGCCGGCCGGGAGCCGCGUCGCCAGCAUUGCGGCGACCAAGUUCACCGCGAACUCGUUCGGGCACAACAAGCCGGCGCUGCCGGCGCAGCAACCGCUCGCCUACCACGGCUCGCUCAAGUACGCGGAAAAGCCCGCCCCGUACCAGCACUUCCAGGCGCCGUACGAGAAGCGGGCCUCCCUGCCGGACGUGUCCGGGGUGGGCCAGCACGGCACAUUCACCUACACCGACUACACGCAGCCGGCGUCCGUCUCGACCUUCACGCUGAACCGUAGCGACUCGCUGACCAAUCCGGAGAAUGCGCCGCUCGUGCUGACCAGCACCAACUCCGUGUUUAGCCCGACAGCAGCGCCCUCUAGCCAGCCGCCGGCGCAACAGCAGCAGCAGCAAAUCAACUACCUCUCUGUCACGGCAACGGAUCAGCACUCAUCGCCCCACUCGUCCGCCAACGCGGAAGAGGACGAGGACGAGGAGUUUGACGACCUGGAGUCGACCGAUUCGCAGGAGAUGCGCGUCGUCUCGAAGGUGAUGCAGGCACCCCAGGGCCAGCAGGCGACGUACACGGCCGCCCAGCGACCCACCCACCUGAACGGUGGCUACGAUCCGACCGGCCGCGGUUCGCUCAUCGCCCAAAGCUUGCAGUCGUCGCUGAAAAAGAUCAAGGACAAAAGCCCAACGCCGCCCCGGGCGCGGCAACAGCCGGCGCGCCAACCGCCGCAGUUGGAAAUCACGCACCCCACGCCAGUACAGCCGGUCUCGCCGUACGCGAUCUACAACAACGUGCAACGGGUCAACGCGGCCGGCGGUGACCAGCUGCUGGCACGUACCAAGUCGAGCCACUCGCUGGCCGUCCCGGUGCACCAGCAGUCCCGCCCGAUCAGCGCCGAGAAGCAGCGCACGGUCGAGGCGUACUUCAACGGGCAGCCGCUGGCCGGCCCUGCGGCGGGCUACGCGAUGACCCGCGCCACCUCCAACCACAACCUGGUGAUGCGUGACAAGUCAGCCAUGGUGGCGCCGCCCAGCGCAGUGCGGCCUGUUUCGUACGCGGCGGGCCACAGCGCUGGCUACUACACCGGCGGCCAGCCGACAGUUCAGCGGUCCGGGUACGUGGCGCACGUGGCGCCACCGCUGCACCCGAGCUAUCGAGACGAGCCCGUCCACUAUCAGUCGAUUGGCGGUGGACUACUGAGAAGCCGCACCAUGCCCCACAUACCGCUCGGCAGCUUGGCUCUGCUUGACGAGAACAACGUGGAGGACGCGUUCGAGGAGCUGAUGAACCAGUCGUUCGCCGUUUAAGCCUUGACGAGGCUCAAGUGCGUUGAAGAUUGGACGCGAACAAACCGAAUGUGUUUGUGUGGGUGCGUGUGUGUGUUAAUGUUGUUAUUGUUGCGGGCACUGGCACUGAUUAAGCAUUCCACAAACACUUCCGCAUACGAAGAACACACACACACGCUGCGAGUAUUAGUAAGGAGACCUUUGGUGUGGCGAUGUGGAGGCCGCACGGUCAACAAGUAGUUUUAGAACGAACAAACAAACCCAAGUGUAGAUGCCAGGGCUGUGGCCUCGUGUUUGGCCGAUGCGACCAUGUUGCACGCCAACGACAUACCCCUUUAGACGCUGUCAAACGUCGUCGUCAUCGUGCUGUGCGUAGUGAUAUAGUGGAUACUUCUCUAAGAAGAUACUCGGAUCGGAUCGGAUCGGAUCAGAUCGAACAGGAACGAUGUGGUUCCGAACGCAACGCGACAACCCCGAACGUGACAGUCGUACAUUGCAGCAGACACGACCGAAUGUCUGGGUAGCAUUUGGAGCUCUCGCUGGUGUAGGACGCUCCGCGUUGGAUCCAUUUGCGAAGGUCCUCGUCUACUACGUUUCAAUGAACGCUAGAGCAUUUGUUGAACUCACUAGUCGUGAUACCGCCCGUGUCUUGAAUCCCUUAACAGAGAGAUAUAUAGAGAUAGUGAUAGAGAUAGAUAGCGACCUGCUGCCACCACUAAGUACCUCGCGAACUAGCCCCAAGCACGUUUGGGAAAACUUCCAAAGACCAUCGUUCUGUCGUCUCGCUAAGUCAACCUUUGCCAUCGAGAUGUGUGCGUGCAGUUCCAGCAGGAUGAUGCAGCAACCGUUGCACAACAACAACAAAACACGCAACCGCAACAUUGAAACAACAUCACUACUUCCACCUCGAACGAAUGUACCGUGCACCUUACGUAUC